UCGAUCAGAGCUAAAAGAGAGGAAGUGUGAAUUUCUAAGAAAGGCUAUGUGAUGGGGGCAAAAGUAUAAAGAAUAACAGCUGUGAGGUGUGGCACCCCCAGGCAAUUUCAAUGUCUCUUAUGCCGGCUUGAAGAUGGCGCAUGGAUAAUGUGAGGUCACAAGGAGGUCCCAGCUUUGGACGACAGAAGGCUGAGCAACAGGAGAUUCACUGAUGGGGAAGGCGAGCCGAGUUGUGGCCAUCUCUGCUCUGACAUGUCUGUCUCGGAUUCCUCAGGUGACGCCGCAGGAGAGCUGUUCAGGCACUGACCACUGCUUUAGCCAAAACUGGGUCCAUCUCUGGUACAUCUGGCUUGUGGUUGUGAUGGUUGGGCUCCUCCUCCUCUGCGGCCUCGUCUCUGUCUGUGUGAGGUACUGCUGUCUUCACUGCCACCCAGCCGGGGAAGACGCCAAUUCCCAGCCCUAUGAGGUCACAGUCAUCGCAUUUGAUCAUGACAGCACCCUUCAAAGCACCGUCACUUCCUUCCACUCGGUGUUUGGUCCAGCCGCUAGAAGAACGCUUGCAGUAGCUCAUUCCCACAGCGUUCUCCCAGCGAUACAUUACCCUGCUGGGAUGGAGACACCCCCCAUUUACGAGGAGGCUGUGCACAUGAGUAGAUUCAGAGUGGCUAGAAGUGGAGAACCAGCCCCAGAGCCACAGCCGGAGGAGAAACAGUCGGUGGAUGCCGAGAAAGGACAACAAUCAGAUCAACCAUAA